UCUCCCGGUGCCACACUGGGAUCCGCCUGGCAGCCUCCGGGAGCCGCAGCCAAUGUGUUAGGACUUAGGUGCUUCUUGGCACAAAGCUAGACUGCGACCUCCUACCAUAACGCUUGGCGUCACCUGCUCUCCCAGCCCUGCCCCAGGGCCGAGGGAUUGCGUCCCGAACCGGGCUUGGGAAUCGGCUGCCUCUCAAAUGAACCUCUAGUCUUGCUUUGAAAAAGGCACUUUGUGUAACUCUUGACUGUGAAUAAUUUCCUAAUACACCUGUUGGGACGAUCACUGACAGAGUAUACCAUUUGAGAGGUACUUUUCUUGACCAAAUACUGGUGAUUAGAGAAGAGAGGUAUUUUUGUUUUUGUUUUUGUUUUUUUUUUCUCUGAUCAUUAUGAACAUUGGCUUUUCAAUUCUGAAGUAAAAAUGUUGAAAACUGAGUCUUCAGGUGAACGCACCACUCUCAGAAGUGCCUCUCCUCACAGGAAUGCAUAUAGAACUGAGUUCCAGGCACUGAAAAGUACCUUUGACAAGCCCAAGUCAGAUGGGGAACAAAAAUCAAAAGAAGGUGAGGGCUCCCAGCAGAGCAGGGGGAGGAAAUAUGGCUCUAAUGUCAACAGAAUUAAAAACCUAUUUAUGCAGAUGGGUAUGGAACCCAGUGAGAAUGCUGCAGUUAUUGCCAAAACAAGGGGGAAAGGUGGACAUUCAUCUCCUCAGAGAAGAAUGAAGCCCAAAGAAUUUCUGGAGAAAACAGAUGGCUCUGUCGUUAAGUUGGAGUCCUCUGUUUCUGAACGAAUUAGUAGAUUUGACACAAUGUACGAUGGCCCUUCAUAUUCUAAGUUCACUGAGACUCGGAAAAUGUUUGAGAGAAGUGUGCAUGAGUCAGUUCAAAACAACCGCCAUUCCCCAAAAAAGGAGAAAGCUGGGGGGAGUGAACCUCAGGAUGAUUGGGGAGGUUCCAAGUCCAAUAGAGGCAGUACUGAUUCCUUGGACAGCCUUAGCUCCCGGACUGAGGCUGUCUCCCCAACGGUGAGUCAACUGAGUGCAGUAUUUGAGAACACUGAUUCCUCCAGUGCCAUCAUUUCUGAGAAAGCUGAUAACAGUGAAUACUCAGUGACUGGGCAUUAUCCUCUGAAUUUACCAUCUGUUACUGUUACAAAUCUCGACACCUUUGGCCACCUUAAGGAUUCUAAUUCUUGGUCUCCUUCAAGCAAACAAGGUGUUGAUACAGAGGAUCCUCAGAAGAGUAAUACAACUCCAGUACCAGAAGCUGAUUCGAAAAGUACCUCUCCAGCUUUGAUACCUACCGAAGAGAUCCAGCAGAGCAAGGAAGCCGAGGACUCCACAUCUAACCAGGAGACUCCUGGCAGAACCGAUAGUCCUGAAGAACCUUGUGCUGAAAAUAAGACAAUGCCAAAAUCUGCAAUCCUUUCACCACAGAGCAAAUCUGGAGAAGAUGCUAAAGCUAAUUUGGUUGGGAGAGAGGCAGCAAGGCAACAGAGGAAAGAAUUUGCAGGUGGUGAUUACCUCUCUCCCGAUGCUUCUGUAUCCAGUUGUGGGAUAGAAACACCUGAAGAUUCAAGUAAUUUUGAGAGUUCCCAUGUGUACAUGCACAGUGACUAUAAUGUGUAUAGGGUGAGAUCCAGGUAUAAUUCCGACUGGGGAGAGACAGGGACUGAACAGGGCGAGGAGGAAGAUAGUGAUGAGAACUAUUACUUUCAGCCUGAUAUGGAAUACUCAGAAAUUGUUGGGUUGCCAGAAGAAGACGAAAUCCCACCAAAUAGGAAAAUUAAGUUUAGUAGUGCUCCUAUUAAGGUUUUCAGCACUUACUCCAAUGAAGAGUAUGACAGGAGAAAUGAUGAAGUUGAUCCCGUGGCUGCUUCUGCUGAGUAUGAACUUGAAAAGCGUGUAGAAAAGCUGGAACUGUUCCCAGUGGACCUAGAGAAAGAUGAGGAUGGUCUUGGUAUAAGUAUUAUUGGAAUGGGUGUUGGAGCAGAUGCUGGACUUGAAAAGCUGGGAAUAUUUGUCAAGACAGUAACAGAAGGUGGUGCUGCUGAGCGGGAUGGCAGAAUACAAGUCAAUGACCAGAUUGUAGAAGUGGAUGGAAUCAGCUUGGUGGGUGUCACGCAGAAUUUUGCUGCAACUGUUCUCAGAAACACUAAGGGUGAUGUCAGAUUCCUUAUCGGGCGAGAAAAGCCAGGACAAGUGAGUGAGGUUGCCCAGCUGAUAAGCCAGACCCUGGAACAAGAACGCCGUCAGAGAGAGCUUCUGGAGCGGCACUACGCCCAGUAUGACGCCGAUGACGAUGAGAGCACUGUGGCUGAAUUGCAAGGAGUGUCUGGCAACUUCAAUAACAAUAACAACUGUUUUCUUAAGACAGGAGAAUAUGCCACAGACGAAGAUGAGGAUGAGGUAGGACCUGUUCUUCCUGGCAGUGCCAUUGAAGUCUUUGAGCUGCCGGAGAAUGAGGACAUGUUUUCCCCAUCUGACCUGGACAUAGCCAAGCUCAGUCACAAGUUCAAAGAGUUGCAAAUCAAACAUGCAGUUACAGAAGCAGAGAUUCAAAAAUUGAAGACCAAGCUACAAGUGGCAGAAAAUGAGAAAGUGAGGUGGGAACUAGAAAAAUCCCAGCUUCAGCAGAACAUAGAGGAGAAUAAAGAAAGAAUGUUGAAGUUGGAGAGCUACUGGAUUGAGGCUCAAACGCUAUGCCACACAGUGAAUGAACAUCUCAAAGAGACUCAAAGCCAGUAUCAAGCCUUGGAAAAGAAAUACAACAAGGCAAAGAAGCUGAUCAAGGAUUUUCAACAAAAAGAACUUGAUUUCCUCAAAAGACAGGAAGUAGAAAGAAAGAAAAUAGAAGAUGUGGAAAAAGCUCAUCUUAUGGAAGUGCAAGGCCUACAAAUGCGGAUUAGAGAUUUGGAAUCCGAAUUAUUCAGGCUGCUGAAGCAAAGUGGGACUCAAGUUAACAAUAACAACAACAUCUUUGAGAGAAGGACAUCUCUUGGUGAAGUCUCUAAAGGAAAUACCAUGGAGAAUUUGGAUGUCAAGCAGACAUCUUGUCAAGAUGGCCUAACUCAAGACUUGAAUGAAGCUGUCCCGGAGACAGAGCGCCUGGAUUCAAAAGCGCUGAAAACCCGAGCCCAGCUCUCCGUGAAGAACAGACGCCAGAGGCCCACUAGGACCAGGCUCUAUGAUAGUGUCAGUUCAACAGACGGGGAGGACAGUCUAGAGCGCAAGCCUGCAAACAGUUUCCAUAACCACAUGCAUAUUACCAAAUCACUUCUACCCAAGGGUUUGAGAACUUCUUCUUCCGAAUCAGAUUCUGGUGUUCCACCCCUCACCCCAGUGGCUAGCAAUGUGCCCUUCUCGUCUGAUCACAUAGCUGAGUUUGAAGAAGGACCACUGUACCCAGAAAGGGAGACUUUCUCCUCUGUUUGGGGAGACACUUCAUUCCUUUUUCCUUCAAAAUCUGAUGAUGAUAUGGAAGAAUCUCCUUGCCACCAUCAAGCCACCACCACGAAAAUAUUACAAGAAAAAGAUGGUGCCAAAGGUCCCAAAUCAUUAAGGGCAUCCAGUUCGUUGGUGGUGCACGGAGGAAAAAUUAAGCGGAAGUUUGUGGAUCUGGGGGCUCCUUUGCGAAGGAAUUCCAGCAAGGGAAAGAAAUGGAAGGAAAAAGAAAAAGAAGGCAGUAGGUUUUCUGCAGGUAGCAGGAUCUUGCGGAGCAGGCUGGAAAACUGGAAACCCAAGCCCCCCUCGGCUGCUCAGGCCUCCACUCACUCCCCUUGCAUGCCUUUCUCGUGGUUUAAUGAAAGCCGGAAAGGAUCCUAUUCCUUCAGGAACCUGCCUUCGCCUACAAGUCCCCUUCAGCCUCCUCCCGAGACUCUAAUUUCAGAUAUAAAGGGGUCCAAGAAUUUUACCUUCAAUGAUGACUUCAGUCCCAGCAGCACCAGUUCGGCGGACCUAAGCGGCUUAGGAGCCGAACCCAAAACUCCGGGGCUCUCUCAGUCCUUGGCACUGUCAUCAGAUGAGAGCCUGGAUAUGGUAGAUGACGAGAUCCUUGAUGAUGGACAGUCUCCCAAACACAGUCACUAUCAGAGUCGGGCUGUCCCUGAGUGGAGCGUGCAGCAGGUUUCUCACUGGCUCAUGAGCCUCAGUCUGGAGCAGUAUGUACCUGAAUUCAGUGCCCAAAACAUCACUGGAGAGCAGCUCCUGCAGCUGGAUGGAAAUAAACUUAAGGCUCUUGGAAUGGUGUCAUCCCAGGACCGAGCUAUGGUCAAAAAGAAGCUCAAGGAAAUGAAGAUGUCUCUAGAGAAGGCUCGGAAGGCCCAAGAGAAAAUGGAAAAACAGAGAGAGAAGCUGAGGAGGAAGGAAUACGAGCAGAUGCAGAGGAAGUCCAAGAAGACGGAGAAGAUGAAGACGGAGAAGAUGACAUCAAUGGCCAGCCAGGGCAUGGGUGAGCAGUGAUGCACCCCUCAUGGAGGCGCAGACGCUCAGAAGGAACCCCCCACCUCUUCCCACCCUGCUCUCCUCUGGAGGACGAAGGAGAAACUGAUCGGAGGGCAAUGCUGCUCGAGGCAGAUUGAGGGUGUUGAAUAACUGCAUUUUCCGUGAUAGGAUGCACUCUUCAUUUCAACCUACUGAAAUAACCCUAUUCCACCUUUGCUUUAUUAACAAACCAGAGAGAUACAGAGUAGUUGUGUUUCUCUCUUCUCUUACCUACCAACAUCUUGUGUUGUGUUGGGUGUGUUGUGUCGCUUGGAGAACUAGCAGCACUCUCCCCAACAAGGGUGUGACAUGCCCCGUGGUGUUAAUGGAGCACUGGGCGUUUUCAGUGUGGGAUCUUAAAGCUGGUCAGUUGCACAUAGCUGCAUGGCCGCAAGCAUCCUGCCAGGAGAUGUAGGGGCCUAGAGGGCUGCAGAAUCCACUCCAGUGUGUGGGAACGGUUCUCCUCGAUUCUUUGUACAGCGAGACAACCCUGCUGGUCUGUACCUGGUGGGUGCUCUGCCCGCCACACAGGGAUGUCCUAAGGGAAGGCAAGCAAGCUGGGCAUCAGAAAGAGAGAAAAGAAUUAUAGCUGCUUAUUAACUAGAGAAGAAAGCAAAGGCCUUGAGCAUGUAGAUGUGGGUACUACCUUGGGGUUCUGAGAAUAUCAUUUAUCCUACCAAUACAGCUGAACAGAGAAGAAAAACAUCAGACGUUAAUGCAGCCGUGGGGUAUGGGGAUACUUGUUUACUUUGCUACCGCUGCGUGUUCAGUAUUUCAGCAACAGUGGCAAACACAACACAGUUCCUUUCUUUCCCCCAGCAAUUGAACAGGAAAUUGAUUUUUAAGGAAACCACCAUUUUCAGGUUUCCUCUCCUGGGGAAAAUUCUGGCUGGUCUUCAGCCCACCUGUGACACAAUCAGAACUCGUCACGUAUUUUCUACUGAAGAUUUCCCAUGUGGGCUCAGUUAGGGUUUUAACAAAUGUACUUUUAAGAAAAAACAGAAAUACCAGUCAGAGAAAAUUUAGAUUUGGGUAUCAUUCAACUGAAGAACCAAUUUUUUUGAGCACAAAGAAUGUUCCUGUAAAGGAGAGCUGUCAGUUAUAUUUUGGAGAUAUUUUUAAUGGUUUUUCUGAGCCAUUCCCCUCUAUACUUUAGAGAUUUCCACUUUACAGUUAAAAAUUUGUUUAAGGCAGUACAUACAGCACACUUUAGUAGUGGAGGAACUUGUAAUUAUUUUACAGCCAGUAUUAAAGAUUUCAGUAUUUCACGAAACACAGUCAAGUGCAAGAGAGUAGGCCAGCAGAGGAGAAAAUGAACUCACCAUGAGAUAUUUCAGAUAAAGACGAUUUUCAUUGUUUGUUUAUUUGUUGUUUUACCUUUUAUGCUUAUGUUUCUGGUUCUCUUCGUUACAUUGGCUCUAAAUACGAGGUCAUCCACUUUCUAAGGGACAAGUUGCCGUAAGAAGUGCGGCCACGGGAUGUUCGGGACGGGUAUUUUAGUUCCUUUAUUACAUGGGUGUGUGGUCUGUUGCCAGCACUGGCGUAUCGCCUGUCAGAAGUGUUCCAUAAUGCAGGGCUGAGGGAAGGCUGUUGAGCAUAACAGGUGACAGAUAAGGUAAGGGGACCCCUGCCCUUACACCCCAUCUAAUAUUUUACACAUUGUGGUUUUAUUUAUUAUUUUUAUUUUUUUGCUUAGCUGGAUAUCCAAUUGGAAUUGUCUAAACCAGAAAUUGUUAAUUCUCUUCUUUGCUACAGGCCUGUUUCCUUUUCAGGGCCAGAGUAUGGUCUGUUAGGCCUCAACCCCUGUCACUAGGUACAGAUCAUUUACUCAGUCCUCAGAAACAUCAGCAUAAAGUAACUCUCUGCUUUACAGUGAUCAAAGUCACCACCAUAUUUUGCUCUCUAUCUUCAUUUGCGGUAUUAUAACGAAACUGCCAUACUGGAUACACUAUUACUAAUUUGAGAUGUCUGGUGUCUGCUAUUAAUUAUUAAUACCAUGAGAAAUAGGGCCCACUAUUAAUGAACUAUAAAAUUUGGCAAAUCUUUUCUAAACCUAAAAGACUAAAUUAGUAAAAACCUGGAAAUACUAGAGCUUGCUAUUAUAAAUUUUUGCCAUUUCUGUUUUAUCCUUGAGAAAAGGUGACCUGGGUCACACUGGAAGUUUCACUGUAUUAAUUUCAAGGGUGGAAAUAGAAGGAUGAUUAUCAUAAGUUAUGUUUACACUUUGGUAAUAUUUGAAGAUGGAUAUAUAUAUUGGAAAUGUCUAUAUGUCUCUGUCACUACACCUAAUUUAUAAUCUAUUAUUGCAUUUUCUUAAAUGUCUUAAAAGUAUUGUCCUUUAUCAUUUUAUUUGUAAAGUUCCAAUGUUUAGAUGAGUGUCCAGCUGACAAUGUUAUAAAUCAAAUUCUUAUUACUCAAAUCAUUUAGUUUGUGUUGUAACUACUUUGAUUUUUUUUUUAAGUUAAAUUGUAGUGACUUAAGGUCUAAAUGAAUUAUUUUAAAUUAGUACUUAAAACUCCUGACAUUGUAAAAGUCCCUUCAUUUGAUUGUCUAACAAAGGAUAAAAUGUAAACUGUUGCUCUAAGUUUCUAAGGGUAUGAAAACAAAGUGAAAGACCUCAGAUCUUGUGAGCAUUUUGUUUUCCUAUUACUUCUUUUAUUAACUAUAGUGCAUGAUACUUAAUUGAAAGUUCCAAUGUCUUGCCAGUUUCUACUUUUUAAUGCUAAUGGUUUUCAGUGUCCAUACAAUUUAACACAUAAUUGUUGCUUCAUGAACCUUAAAACCUUUGCCGUUUUUUAUUAUCAGAAAAUGAACAAAAGGGAAAUUAUCUGGUUACUAUGAACUUUAUUCCCUAAAAGAGAGCUCAGUAUGACUGUAACGAUAGGCAAAAAGAGUUUUAUCAGGCAUCUACCUACGCACUAUUCUAAAUUCUAAUCAUUUAAGGAUGAGGUCCAGAAAGAAAACGGCCAUAUUUACUACUAGAAUUAUUUUUACUAUUAUGUGGCUGGGAGGCAGUAAAGUCUUAAAGGAAAUCGUAUUCUAGGAAAUCUGAGUGUGCUUCAGUGAUUCACUCCUGAACCAGCCUGGAUAUCCUGGCAGAUUUUGUUUGCAUUUGUCGUGGGUAUUUAAAGUCUCAGGAAAUUUAAUCUUGGUCCAAAACACUGGGGAAAAAAUAACACCAGACAAAACACAUUGGAGUAUCUUGAAGUAGCAGCAUAGAAUAGACCCAACUAAAAAGCUGGAGAGGAAAGCAAAAGCUUACAGAAUCAGUUUGCCCCUGGAAAGUAAAAGCAUCGGGUUCUAUUUAUGGUCCACAGAAUGCCUGGGUAUCUGCAGAUCUGUUUAAGGAAUUACUGUUACUUGAAGGGUCACGUGUGCGAACAUACGGAUCAAGCCAGCCUGUGACCUGCUUCCAGAUCCUCAGAGUAGAGAAAGAAAGAGACAUGAUUUCCAGUGCUUGGCCCUAUCCCAACCCCAAAACCACUAAGGGAUUCAACAGCAAGUAAGAUGUAAGGAAUAGGAACAACAGACAACUUCUCAAUAAUGUGCAUGCCAUUUGUGUACAUGUUCAGAACCGCUUAUGUGUGGGCAUAGCUCCCACCUUACACAUACACACACGCGCCACAGUCAUAUGACGUUAAAAAACAUUGUGUAUGGAACUUGGUAACGUCAGUGAAAACCUUGAGCUAUAAUCAUAGCCUUAUUGCCACUUUUUGUGUUGUGUAUACAUUGAAUGGCUCAUAGAUUUUAAAAGUUUUUUUUUAAUGUAAGUAUUUCUACUAAAUGCACUUAUCCUUCUUCUCUGUGUUUAUAUAUUUUGGUAAAAUUGAUUUAAUAGAUACUUAGUAUUUUAGUAAGAUAAAGUUUCUUCAAAUGUUGGAUAAAUGCUUUGACUUCAAGAUUGCACAUUACUGAGUUACAACUCAGAAGAAAUUUAUGCAGCUUUGGGCAUUUUCCACUGUGGACUGCAGUUUUCUUGGCUAAAAAUUGCACUGUGUGUGUUCUUGUGAAUUUGUUCACACUUCUAAAACAUAAUUGGUGGCUGUGAUGCCAUCACGUGACCAUUUAUUUACUUCUGGUGUGUAAGUAAUGACAUUUUGGUUGUUGCCAAAAAUAACGCAAUUGUGAGUGUGAGUAUGUUGUUGGAAGGUGUGUGCUUCUGUUUCUUUAAGCUACUUUAUUUAUACACACGGGUUUUCUGGAAGGAUUUAAUCGUUCAUUCAUGAAAGAACAAUUAGCCAGAAAUAGUUACAUUACCUUACAAAGUGAGAAUUGAGAGGCCCUCCAGAUAGAUAACACCUCCCAACAACACCAGAUUAGUUAGUGCUUACUGAAUACCUUAAAUAUAAAGAUAUGUAUAUGUUUUCCUCAACCUUAUUUAAUAUCUUAACUACUGCUUUUGUAUUUUUUAAUGGUGUUACAGUUAAACCACUAGUACACCUGCUACGCAUUACUGACAAAACUGGACAGCUGAAAAAUAAAAGAGAAUAAAUUCUGUUCCGCUGUAAGAAGUUGAUUGAUUUCCAGCUUUCUUUAUAUAUUAAUAAAGGAAAAGAGUUGUUUGAAAAUGGUUUUUAUGUCCAAUAAGUAUGGAUAGCAUGUUACCUGAAACAUUUAAUUUGUACAUUUUGAUGUCUGAUCAUUUGCAUGGAAAAGACAAUAGUGCCACGUCCGAAUUGUUCUCUUGUGCUCGGUUAAUAUGUACUUCUCUAGAUUGUCCCAUUUCAAAUGACAUUCCUUACUCUUUGGUUUUCAGAGGUGUUCAAAGCAAAAUAUCACAGCAGUCCUUUGUUUUCCGAAUAAUCUAACAAUACCUGUGAUUAAUUUGUUAGUGUAAAUAAAUUCCUUGCCAAUGAGUAUUGUUGUUGUUAGACAACGAAUGCAAUAAAAAGAGAAAUACUGAGAUCUGU